AUGUAUUCCAACCCCCUCCUCCUGCUCCUUGCCCUCCUAGGGCCAACCGCCAUCCUAGCCCAACUCAACGUCCUCGCCCGAAAAGCCGGCAAGCUCUACUUCGGCACGGCAACCGACACGGGCGAGCUCGGCAAUACGACCUACUACUCGAUCCUAACCAACACAUCCGAGUUCGGGCAGCUGGUUCCAUCCAACGGGCAGAAAUGGAUAUUCACCGAGCCCUUGCAGGGAGUAUUCAACUUCACCGAAGGCCACAUUGUGACAGACAUUACCCAAAAAACGGGCCAGUUGCUCAGAUGCCAUAAUUUGGUCUGGCACAGCCAGCUGGCGCCGUGGGUCGAGAACACGACGUGGACGGCCGAGACGCUGGCGCCGAUGCUGGAGGAGCAUGUCUUUAGGGAAGCGAGAGAGUGGAAGGGGAAGUGCUAUGCGUGGGAUGUGGUGAAUGAGGCGUUGGAUGAAGACGGGAGCUUUAGGGAGUCGGUCUUCUUCGACAUAUUAGGGCCGGAGUUCAUUAAAAUUGCAUUUCGGGCAGCCGCGAGGGCGGAUCCAGGUGCCAAGCUCUACUAUAAUGACUACAAUAUCGAGAGUCCUGGGAACAAGUCGGCGGCCGCGCGGACUAUUGUCAAGAUGCUGCAGGAUGAUGGGAUUAAAGUUGAUGGUGUGGGACUGCAAAGUCACUUCGUUGUGGGCAGCACACCGAGUAUUGAUGAGCAGAUUGAGACGAUGAGAGGGUAUGCGGAUUUAGGAGUUGAGGUGGCGAUCACGGAGCUGGAUAUCAGAUUGGAUUUGCCCGCAAAUACGUCUAAUUUGGCGCAGCAGAAGGAGGAUUAUAAGAAGACGGUGGGGGCUUGUAUGCAAGUUAAGGAGUGCAUUGGGAUCACGGUGUGGGAUUUCUGGGAUCCGGUCUCGUGGGUCCCUAGCGUCUUUGAAGGUCAGGGGGCGGCGACAUUGUAUUUCGACAACUUCACGAAACAUCCUGCUUAUUACGGAGUUGUUGAGGCUCUGACCAACAAGACGGAUGGUGGGAAACCCGGGUGUAAGUCGAGGCGGGAGGCGAAGAGGAGUAAGCCUUCGUUCCCGUGA